GGCGCGCGGCCAGAGCGAGACGCGGGGACAGAGGGCGGUGUGACGACCAGGCCCCGGUCCGCCGGUGUCCUCCUGCGUCCCCGCGUCCCCGAUCGCCCGCACCCACCGCCCUGCCGGCCGCCGCAGAACAAGAAAAGUUUUUGCUCAUCCAUGACUGGGUGUCCGACCUGUAAUCCAUUCGCACAGGAGUGGUGGACGUGAGAACAGGGGGACCUGCUUUUGGAGAUUGGCUGUCUCAAGGGUUGAUGGCUGGAAUGUCGCAGAGACCACCCAGUAUGUACUGGUGUGUGGGACCAGAGGGAUCAGCUGUGUGUCCAGAGCCCACCAUGGAGGCCUCCAAUGGUGCCGGGGACAUGGGCAACAAACCGUCCCUGCCUGGCAGGGACUCCACAGCGCGAUCCCCCAGGACAGAUGACAUUCUUACCGCCUACAAGAAGAGAGACCUCAGCAGGGCCCGUGACCUGGUCAGGGAGGCUUGUGAUGAGAGCUCAUCCCAGCUGGAGAAGAGUCAACUCCUGAGCAUAUCAGCAGCCCACGGGGACCUGGAAAGCGUCCGGUGCCUACUCACUGAGAAACGGGUGGAACUGCCAACAGAACCCACUGAUGACAACCCAGCUGUGGUGGCGGCCCAUUUUGGGCACACUGAAGUUGUACAGGAAUUGUUAGAGUCCUUAGCAGGUCCCUGCAGUCCCCAGCGGCUGCUCAACUGGAUGCUGGCCCUGGCUUGCCAGCGAGGACACCUGGGGGUCGUGAAGCUUCUAGUCCUGACACAUGGGGCUGACCCAGAGAGCUACGCGGUCAGGAAGAGCGAGUUCCCUGUCAUCGUGCGCCUGCCUCUCUAUGCAGCCAUCAAGUCAGGGAAUGAAGACAUUGCCAUAUUCUUGCUUCGCCAUGGGGCCUUUUUCUGUUCCUACAUCCUACUGGACAGUCCUGACCCCAGCAAGCGUCUCCUCAGAAAGUAUUUCAUCGAAGCCAGCGCCAUGCCCAGCGGGUGUGCAGGGAAAACGGCACUUCGAGUGAAAUGGUCCCAUCUCAGGCUGCCCUGGGUGGAUCUGGACUGGCUCAUAGACAUCUCCUACCAGAUCACCGAGCUGGAUCUUUCUGCCAACUGCCUGGCUUCACUGCCUUCAGUCAUCCCCUGGGGCCUCAUCAACCUGCGAAAACUGAACCUCUCAGACAACCACCUGGGGGAGCUUCCCUGUGUGCAGUCAUCCGAUGAGGUCAUCUGUUCCAGGCUACUUGAAGUUGACAUUUCCAGCAACAAGCUGUCCCUCCUCCCACCUGGUUUCUUGCACCUGUCAAAACUUCAAAAACUGACAGCUUCGAAAAAUUACUUAGAAAAAUUGUUUGAAGAAGAAAACACCACUAACUGGAUCGGCCUGAGGAAGUUGCAGGAACUUGAUGUGUCUGACAACAAAUUAACAGAACUCCCCGCCCAUUUCCUGCACUCCUUCAAAUCCCUCAAUUAUCUGAACGUCUCCAAAAACAACCUGAAGGUGUUUCCAGAUCCCUGGGCCUGCCCUUUGAAAUUCUGUAAGGCGUCUAAAAACGCCCUGCAGGCUCUGCCAGACAAGAUGGCUGUGUUUUGGAAGAAUCACCUGAAGGAAGUGGAUUUUUCAGAAAAUGCUCUAAAGGAAGUCCCCCUGGGGCUUUUUCAACUCGAUGCCCUCAUGUUCUUGAGGUUACAAGGAAACAAGCUGGUGUCACUGCCACCUCAAGAGAAGUGGACCUGCAGACAGCUCAAGACCCUAGACCUCUCCAAAAACCAGCUUGGCAAAAAUGAAGAUGGGCUUAAAACAAAGCGUAUCUCCCUUUUCACCACCAGAGGGCGCCAGCGUUCAGGGACCGAGGCAGCAUGUAUGCUAGAAUUUCCAGCCUUCCUAAGUGAGACACUGGAAGUCCUUUGUCUGAACGACAACCAGCUGGACACAGUGCCCCCAUCAGUUUGCCUGCUGAAGAGCCUGUCAGAGCUCUACUUGGGAAACAACCCAGGCCUCCGAGAGCCCCCUGAGCUGGGCCAGCUGGGCAACCUGUGGCAGCUGGACAUCGAAGACCUGAGUAUCACCAAUGUGCCUGCAGAGAUCAGAAAAGAAGGCCCCAAGGCUAUGCUGUCUUUCCUGCGUGCCCAGCUGAGGAGAGCGGAGAAGUGCAGACUGGUAAAGAUGAUUGUCAUGGGGCCCCCGCGCCAGGGCAAGUCCACCCUCCUGGAGAUCUUACAGACGGGGCGGGCCCCCCAGGUGGCACACAGCGAGACCAUCAGGACCACCAAGUGGGAGCUCCAGAGACCAGCAGGUUCUAGAGCCAAGGUUGAGUCUAUAGAGUUCAAUGUUUGGGACAUUGGGGGACCUGCCAGCAUGGCCACCGUCAACCAGUGCUUCUUCACAGACAAGGCACUAUACGUGGUGGUGUGGAACCUGGCACUGGGGGAGGAAGCUGUGGCUAACCUCCAGUUCUGGCUGCUCAACAUUGAGGCCAAGGCUCCGAACGCCGUUGUGCUGGUAGUUGGAACACACCUGGACUUAAUCGAAGCCAAAUUUCGAGUGGAAAGAAUUGCAACCCUGCGUGCCUACGUGCUGGCGCUCUGCCGCUCACCCUCUGGGUCCAGAGCCACUGGCUUCCCAGACAUCACCUUCAAACACUUGCAUGAGAUUUCCUGCAAGAGCCUGGAAGGCCUGGAGGGACUGCGACAUCUGAUCUUUCAUGUCACGUGCAACAUGAAGGAUGUAGGCAGCACCAUCGGCUGCCAGCGACUCGCGGGGAGGCUGAUCCCCAGGAGCUACCUGAGCCUGCAGGAGGCUGUGCUGGCAGAGCAGCAGCGUCGCAGUCUGGGUGACGACGUGCAGUACCUGACAGACAAACAGCUGGAUCAGCUGGUGGAGCAGACGCCUGCCAAUGACAUAAAAGACUAUGAAGACCUGCAGUCUGCCAUCAGCUUCCUCAUAGAAACUGGCACACUACUGCACUUCCCAGACACCAGCCAUGGCCUGAGGAACCUCUACUUCCUGGACCCCAUUUGGUUAUCCGAGUGUCUACAGAGGAUCUUCAACAUUAAGGGCUCCCGGUCAGUGGCCAAAAAUGGAGUGAUUCGAGCAGAGGACCUCAGGAUGCUGCUGGUGGGGACAGGCUUCACGCAGCAGACCGAGGAGCAAUAUUUCCAGUUCCUGGCCAAGUUUGAAAUCGCACUGCCAGUCGCCAAUGACAGCUACCUCCUGCCUCACCUCCUUCCAUCCAAACCUGGGCUGGACACCCACGGCAUGAGGCACCCCACGGCCAACACCAUCCAGCGAGUGUUUAAGAUGAGUUUUGUGCCCGUUGGCUUCUGGCAAAGGUUCAUAGCACGGAUGCUAAUCAGCUUGGCCGAGAUGGACCUGCAGCUUUUUGAAAACAGGAAGAAUACCAAAAGCAGGAACAGGAAAGUCGCCAUUUACAGUUUUACAGGAAACCAGAGAAAUCGCUGUAGCACAUUCAGAGUGAAAAGAAAUCAGACCAUCUACUGGCAGGAAGGACUUCUGGUCACUUUUGACGGUGGCUACCUCAGUGUGGAAUCUUCUGAUGUGAACUGGAAAAAGAAAAAAAGUGGAGGAAUUAAAAUUGUCUGCCAAUCAGAAAUAAGGGACUUCUCAGCCAUGGCAUUCAUCACAGAUCAUGUCAACUCCUUGAUCGAUCAAUGGUUUCCCGCCCUGACGGCCACAGAAAGUGAUGGGACCCCACUCAUGGAGCAGUACGUGCCCUGCCCAGUCUGUGAGACAUCCUGGGCCUACCAUGCGGAUCCAAGUGAGAAAUCAGAGGAAGUGCAGUAUUUUGACAUGGAAGACUGCGUGCUGACAGCCAUUGAACGGGACUUCAUCUCCUGCCCCAGACACCCAGAUGUCCCUGUACCACUCCAGGAGCUGGUCCCCGAGCUGUUUAUGACUGACUUUCCAGCCAGGCUCUUCCUGGAGAACAGCAGGCUGGAACACAGUGAGGAUGAAAACAGUAUCCUGGGCCAGGGUGGCAGUGGCACCGUCAUCUAUCGGGCCCGGUAUCAGAGCCAGCCUGUGGCUGUGAAGAGAUUCCAGAUCAAGAAAUUCAAGAAUUUUGCAAAUGUCCCAGCAGACACCAUGCUGAGGCACCUGCGGGCCACAGAUGCCAUGAAGAACUUCUCAGAAUUCCGGCAGGAGGCCAGUAUGCUGCACGCCCUGCAGCACCCCUGCAUCGUGUCCCUGAUUGGCAUCAGCAUCCACCCGCUCUGCUUCGCCCUGGAGCUCGCCCCGCUGAGCAGUCUCAACACAGUGCUGUCUGAGAAUGCUAAAGAUUCCUCCUUUAUGCCCCUGGGACACAUGCUCACCCAAAAAAUAGCCUACCAGAUUGCCUCAGGCCUGGCCUACCUGCACAAGAAGAAUGUCAUCUUCUGCGACCUGAAGUCGGACAACAUCCUGGUAUGGUCCCUAGACGUCAAGGAGCACAUCAACAUCAAACUGUCUGACUACGGCAUCUCGCGGCAGUCCUUUCACGAGGGUGCCCUGGGUGUGGAGGGCACUCCCGGCUACCAGGCCCCGGAGAUCAGACCUCGCAUUGUGUAUGAUGAGAAGGUAGAUAUGUUCUCCUAUGGAAUGGUGCUCUACGAGUUGCUGUCAGGACAGCGUCCUGCAUUGGGCCACCACCAGCUUCAGAUUGCCAAGAAGCUGUCCAAGGGCAUCCGCCCGGUUCUGGGGCAGCCAGAGGAAGUUCAGUUCCAUCGGCUACAGGCACUCAUGAUGGAGUGCUGGGACACAAAGCCAGAGAAGCGCCCACUGGCCCUGUCUGUGGUGAGCCAGAUGAAGGACCCAACCUUCGCCACUUUCAUGUACCUGCUGCCCUGUGGGAAGCAGACGGCCUUCUUCUCAUCACAGGGCCAGGAGUACACCGUGGUGUUCUGGGAUGGAAAAGAGGACUCCAGGAAUUACACGGUGGUGAACACGGAGAAGGGCCUUCUGGAAGUCCAGAGGAUGACAUGUGCAGGGAUGAAGCUGAGCUGUCAACUCAAGGUCCAGAACUGGCUAUGGACAGCCACUGAGGACCAGAAAAUCUACAUCUAUAACCUCAAGGGCAUGUGCCCCUUGAACAUGCCUCAGCGGGCGUUGGACACUCCAGCCAUCGUCACUUGCUUCUUAGCAGUGCCUGUUAUCAAAAAGAACUCCUUCCUGGUGCUGGCAGGCCUGGCUGAUGGACUCAUGGCAGUGUUUCCUGUGGUGCGGGGUGCCCCGAAUGACAACUGCUCCUACCUGUGCUCGCACACAGCCAACAGGUCCAAGUUCCACAUCCCGGAUGAAGAUGCACGGCAGAACCCCUACCCAGUGAAGGCCAUGGAGGUGGUCAACAGCGGCUCUGAGGUCUGGUACAGCAACGGGCCUGGUCUCCUUGUCAUCAACUGCACGACUCUAGACAUCAGCAGGCGUCUGGAGCCCUACGUGGCCCCUUCGGUGGUCACGUCAGUCGUGUGCAGCUCGGACUGCAGGGGCGAGGAGGUCGUCUGGUGCCUGGAUGAUAAGGCCAACUCCUUGGUGAUGUACCAUUCGGACACCUAUCAACUGUGUGCCCGGUACUUCUGUGGGGACCCCAGUCCCCUCAGGGACAUGUUUCCCGUACAGUAUGCAGGCCCAGAAUCCCCAGGCAGCCUUGUAACCAGCCCGAGGGAGCCUGAGGGGGACUCCAUCACAGAUGUGAGCAUCAUGUUUAGCAAGGAGCUGGGUACACAGAUCUUGACACACCAGGACUCACUGACUGACUACUGCUCCAUGUCCUCUUACUCCUCGUCCCCUCCCCGCCGGACCACCAGCCUCCCAAGCUCCCCGGCCAGCUGUUCCAGUGUGCCUUUCUCUACCGACUACGAGGACUCAGACAGACUGCAGGAGCCUGGUGCUGCCUCCGAAAGGUCUGAGCACGACCUGACCCCUAUGGACGGGGAGACAUUCAGCCAUCACCUACAGGCUGUGAAGAUCCUCCCUGUCAGAGACCUCAUCUGGGUCCCCAGGCGAGGUGGUGAUGUCAUUGUCAUUGGCCUGGAGAAGGAUUCAGGGGCCCAACGGGGCCGAGUCAUUGCUGUCUUAAAAGCCCGAGAGAUGACUCCACAUGGGGUGCUGGCGGACGCAGCAGUGGUGGCAAAGGACACAGUAGUGUGUGGCUUUGAAAAUGAAAACACAGAGUGGUGCCUGGCUGUCUGGAGGGGCUGGGGCGCCAGGGAGUUUGACAUUUUCUACCAGUCCUACGAGGAGCUGGGCCGGCUGGAGGCUUGCACACGCAAGAGAAGGUAAUUGCUACAGAAGGGCCUUGGGCAGAGCUGGCUGGCCCGGGACUGCCACCUGGCCCCUCUGCUGCAGCCCUCAAAGGACCCGGGAAGAUGAAUGGAGUUCUCAUCUGCUGCUAAGAAGCACUGGGAAGUUACCUGCUUGGGCGGUGGUUUGGGAAUUCUCAGGUUCUGCAGGGCAGAGUUACCUAAGUACCCCGCCCCCCCCACCCCAUGCUGGUUUUACAACUCCAGGGAAGAUAGCAGGGUCUGGUGGAGACAGGCCUCCUCUUGUCUCCUCCAUGGGCUCCAGGAACAGGGGAUCGAGGACCCCUCUGGGCCUCCCUGGCAUAAUGGACCUUCCCAUUUUCAACUCUGGGUCUCAGAUGGAAUUACACUAAAGACUCUCAGUUGAGGAGCAGUUCAGGGCAGGGUGGGAGGAGGGCUGUGCCCUCUGUACCUUCCCCCCUCCCAGAGACCCCAGGCUCUCAGCCCAUUUCACAAGCCCCCAAGUCCCUGGAGUGUGGGGCCCAGCUUGGGCAAGCCGAGAUCAGAUGUCUCUGGCUCGGCAAAGGGUCUGUGUGAGAAACCCCCAGAAGAACCCUGAGCGAGGAGUGUCACCCAGUCAGGGGAAUGAAUGGGUUUCUUUAAGAGCCACAGCGGAAAGGCCAGUGCAAGAAGCACCCGCUGCUUUUAUAGUCGUCUUCUUCAACUAAAGGAAGGAGAAACCCAAUCAGAGGGCUAGAGAAAGGGCCUGUGUUUAUAGCUCGGUAAAAUAAACGUGGACACAGCUGGAGCCAAGGUCUGUUUGUUUGCACAUAAAAAUCUUGUUUAUCACUUUAUCAAAUUAAGUAAUAUCUCAGCGGUUAGGCCUCUGGUUGGGAAAUCCUAUCGUAUGGGGCUUAAACUGAAUUAUGGAUUUGCUAAAUAUUUUCUGUGCACACGGACAGCUGAGUAUGAAAAGUGAAGUUGUUACCAGAGGCUGUAUGGGGUACAACGAUGAGCGGUUUUUUAUAAAUUAUACAUGUCUGCAUCUUUGCCAAGAGUCACCGUUUGAGGCUGCUUAGCUCGGAACACAAGUUUAAACGUGAACUCUCCCGCCAGCUCACGUUGUUGGGCCUUGUCUGAAAUUAAAUUAUAAAAACCAAAUGUAAAAUUCUUCAGUGGAGGGUGCAAGCAGAUGUGAGUUCUUCUAUCUGAAAAUAAACAGA